UUGCUACCGGUGAAGGUUAGUGAUGAAAUAACGUCGUUAUUAGAUUAGAGAUGCUGAGGCGGCUCUGUGUUCGUUUGCGAUAGGUUAUCAGGGAUGGUAGUGUGCUUCUAGCAACGGGGACUGUUUUGCUGAACAUCUGUAGACUUGCCCAGCCAUAGUGGUCUGCAGCCAUGUGGCCUGUAGUAUGGGGUGCCGCACGAGCCUAUGCCCCUUACAUCACCUUCCCUGUGGCCCUUGUGGUAGGGGCAGUAGGCUACCACCUAGAGUGGUUCAUCAGAGGAACCCCCAAACCUCGGGAAGACAAGAGCAUCCUGGAACAGAGGGAGGACAGAAAGCUGGAAGAACAAGCUGGGAUAGAUGGCACUCAGGUCCUUAGUCUGAAGGAGAAACUGGAGUUCACACCUAAAGCAGCACUGAACAGGAACCGACCUGAAAAGAGCUAACUUUUCCUUGGCUGAGAAGGUUGCUUCUGCCCCCCUGUCAGUGGAGCACAAGACCUAAAACUGAAGUUCCUGCGACGGUGCUUUGAGAGUGAGGGAGGUGUGCCAGAACACCACAUCACCUAGCCAGCACCCAUUCACAUUAACCACAAACUGUCACUCCUGUGUAACCAAAGCGAAGACAUCCCAGUUAUCUCAUCAGCCAUAUAAGAAGCUUUAUAGAAGUUCAUUAGGCAGACUAUUCAUUUUAAUGAAUUAAAUGUAAAAUAAAUGCCGUAAGAUUGGGAUUCAUCUAUAUUUCAAGCACAUUGCACAUAAUUUUAGCUGUUCUAAUUAACUAGUCACUGUCAUUUAAACUUGUUACUCGAUAUGUUUUUUUGAUUGUGAUUUAAUGGUUGUUAUGGUUAGCUUUCACAUUCACAAGAAAGGAGCCAAGAACCUUUACAUUUCUUUGAAAUCUUUGUGUGAUAGUAUAACAAAACCUGAAAUAUUGUCCUUACUGUAUGAAGGCGAUUAUGUGAUAUAAUGAACCCAUGAUCCUUUUCCAAAUUUAAUAAUACUGUGGAUUCUGCCUGUGAUAGAUAAUGCAAAAGGAAAGGCAAGUGUUUGCUCUGGAGUUUUUAUUUUAUUUGAUUAAGGCUUUUUCUCUUAGGUUUUAUGAUAGAGUAUGACAUACUGAGAGAAAUUUUCCAGGUUCUCAAACCAAAACUAGGCCAUCUGGUCUGGAUUUCUGCCUGCUGUAUUGGUGUACACAAAUCAUGUGUGCUUUCAUUUUAGAAAGCAUGGUUGCAUGGUUUGGACGCUUAAUCGGUUUUAGUUAUGAGGUACGACCACACUGAACAUUAAGGUGGGCGGUCAGUACUGUCGUGCUGAGUGUACACUUUUACAUUUUAACGGUACUGAUGUCAUGUUAAAUCACAUAAUAAAAGGUUAUCU